AAAAAAAAAAUCUUCAAUCUCAAACAAAUUUCCUCUAACAAAAUUCCAUGAAAAUGUCCCAUUUUACUACUUGAUUCAUUUUUCCGCAGUUGCAUGAAUACAUUCUUCGGAUCCCUUCUCUUUUGCUCCUCCAUAUCCGUUUAGAAAGAGCAAAUGGAGAAGAAUAAUGACAGUGGCUGUCCAACAUCAGAUAUUGAUCCAUUCAAAAAUAGUGUUUCCACAUCUGAUGAAAACUCGGAAGCCCCUGAAAAUAUUGAAACGUUCUCCAAAAUAAUAGAGUCCAGGAUUGCAAAAUAUAAUUCUGGUGAAAUACCGACCAGAUUCGGUAAGAUGACAGAGGAAGAGUCAUUUUUCCUUGAAGCCGUGAUGCAUUUAUCCAAAUUGACAAAUGUCAUCGCGAAAUCAUCUCCGUCAGGGUCAACGUUGUUGAAUUGGACCAAUUUGGUCUUGCAACGAGCCAUGACUUUCAUGGAAGAAGAAUUCCGAACCUUAUUAGAAGAUUUCGGAGGUUGUUCCAAUUCAAAAGUGGAUAAAAAUUCGGAUUAUCCAUCGUAUCCGCCCGAGGUCGUGACAAGAAUGAAUCAAAUAGCCACUGCCAUGAUCUCAGCCGGGUUUGAAACAGAAUGUUGUCAAGUAUAUUCAAUUUCACGAAGAAACGCAUUCUAUGAGCAACUGAAAAUGCUCGAAUUCGAGAAGAUAAACGGAGAUGAUGUACAGAGAAUGCCAUGGGAUUCUCUAGAAGGAGAAAUCACCCAAUGGAUAAAUGUUGCGAAGAGCUGCUCAAGCACUCUGUUCCCUGGCGAAAGGAGACUCGGGGAAUCAGUUUUCUUCGAUUCUCCAAUGAUCUCUCAAAGCCUAUUUAGCAACCUGGCACGUUCAAUUGUAAUUCAGAUUCUUGACUUCGCUGAGGCGGUCUCCAGGACAAAACGCUCCGCCGAGAAACUUUUCAAAUUUCUAGACAUAUACGAAGCCAUUCGCGAUCUAGUUUCUGCCAUAAGUGAAUCUUUCUCCAAUGAUGGUGAGCACGAACUGAAAUCAGAGAUCUUAGCCACGAGAGAUAGGUUCGGGGAGGCAGCCGUCAACGUAUUCUGUGAUCUCGAAAGUUCCAUCAAGAACGAUGCAGCUAGAACACCGGUCCCUGGUGGUGCAGUGCACCCGCUCACACGUUAUGUCAUGAACUAUCUAAAAUACGCCUGUGAAUACAGAGACGCCCUUGAACAUAUUUUCCAAGAACACGCAAAGUUGGAGGCAUAUUCCUCCGCCACGUCACCGUCCAAAUGGAAAUCAUCACUGGAUAUUGAUCACGUUGAGAGCGAAAGCCCACUCGAUGACGUAGCUGCCACGAUGCCCUUUUCAACACAGCUCAUGAAAAUAAUGGAACUGUUGGAUUCAAAUCUAGAAGCUAAGUCAAACUUAUAUAGAGACCCUUCUUUGCGUGACAUAUUCUUAAUGAACAACGGCAGAUACAUCUUACAAAAAGCCAAAGGAUCCACGGAGGUCCGCCAAGUGAUGGGCGACACGUGGUGUCGAAGAAGAUCAACGACCGUGAGGCAAUACCACAAGAAUUACCAAAGAGAAACAUGGGGAAGAGUGUUACAAAUACUAAGUCACGACGGGAUGCAAAUGAAUGGGAAAGUGACAAAGCCAGUAGUGAAAGAGAGGUUCAAGAAUUUCAGCACAAUGCUCGACGAAAUCCAUCGUACGCAGAGCACUUGGGUGGUGAGCGACGAGCAGCUUCGGUCGGAGCUAAGAGUUUCUAUAUCGGCGGUGUUGAUUCCGGCGUACAGGUCCUUCUUUGGGAGAUUUAGGCAGUAUUUAGGCAAUACAAAGCAUGCAGAGAAGUAUAUAAAGUACCAGCCUGAAGACAUUGAAACGUUAAUUGAGGGCCUUUUUGACGGCAAUCCUACAUCUAUGGCACGGAGAAAGACGUAAGCCCAUAUAGUUGUGGUCUUCAUGCUGCACAAACACUCCUCAAAUAAUUAUAAUCUCAUUUAUCAGAUUUUUGUAUGCUAUUUAUUACUACUACUAGUUUCUUUAAA